AUGAUUGAUGGAGGGUCUUCUUGGUUAAUUACUUUUUAGAAUGGUCUUGGUUGUUUAAAUUAGUAGGAUGGUCGGAUUGAGCGAUGCACGCCGUUGACCGGCUUCAUCCAAGGGAGGCGGACUGGGCUAUGGGAACAGGAGGAAAUUUCAAAGCCUUUUCAACUUCUUGGGUUUGUUGUUAUAGUUGUUCUUCUUCAGAUGAUAAAAGGCAGGAGGAGCAGGGGCAGGAGCAGGAGCAGGAGCAGGAGCAGGAUCUGCCCGUGUCUCCAAGCAACGAAAUCCUUUUCAGAAAAGUCUGGAAAACAACAACUUUCCCGGAAAUUGGUAUUAGUUAGAGGACGCAACACCUACACCACUUUUGGCCUUCUUUACAGUGGUGGAAGAAUCUCACAUUGAAGAAGAAAACUGUGCCUUUAUUUCAAUUGAUCCUCCACCGCUUCCUCCUCUUUAAUUUUUUAUUUUUUCCUUUUCCAAAAAUCAUCAGCAAUUCUCCGGGGUGGUUGGUAUAGCUUAUUCCGUUCAAUUCAGAGUAAUUAGUAAUUUAAUUGAUGGAUAAAUUAGAAGCAGCGUAUGGGAGGAGGGCCGUGCUUCUAAUGGUCCUUUUCCUGGGCUCGGUGUCCUUCUCAUGUUGCAUCGCAGCGGAGUUCAAGAAAGCCAAGGCCAAGGAGAUGAGAUUGGACGGGAGUUUAUGCGCUCUCCGGCAAAGCCCGGCUUUGGGGCUGGGAAUUACUGCGCUGGUCUGCCUCUCCAUCGCCCAGAUGAUUGGGACAUCGAUGGCCGCAGCUAGAAUUUGCCCCAAGCACAGAAAGUCAGGAGGGCUAACAGCGCCAGGAACAACCAACCACAUGCUUGCCAUUGGCUUCCUCCUCCUCUCUUGGGUAAGCUUCGGAUUAGCAGCAAUUUUGUUGGGCGCGGGGUCGAGCAUGAAUGCAAGACAGAGAUAUGGGAAAGGUUGGUUGGAUGGCAAGUGCUACGUGGUGAAAGAUGGAGUUUACGUUGGGGCUGGUGUACUGGUUCUGGCCACAACCCUAUCCAUACUGGCCUUGAUGCACACCACCAAAAUGAUCAGCAAAUCGUUACCUCUGCACCACCACCACCACCACCACCACCACCACCACACCACGGCAACACUUGGGGACAGCAACAAGACAACUAGUACAGCACCUGCAUAGAGGGUACGUAGACCCAUUUAUUAAUCGUGUUAACAAAUUAUUAGCAUUAGCAUUAGCAUUAGCAUUAGCAUAAGCAUAUAUAAAAGAAGAAGAAGAACACCACCAACAACAACAACAAGAAGAAUGGCACAAGGAUUAUUAGCAUAUGGUUGCAAUUGCUCCUCCUCGGCCUGCUCAAUAAUAAAGGAUGUCUCCUUUUUAUUUUUAUUUAUUUUUUUGGUGUGCCCCCACGGCCCAUAAACUACUGAAAACUCAGAAGAAAAAAAAAAAAAAGACUCGUAUUAUUACAGAGUUUUGAUCCAUGUAUACCUGUGAUCCGAGAAAUUGUAAAGCAUAUCUAAAACAGAAUUAAUUCAAAUACACUCAUGCUGUUUUAUAUUUCUCAUUUA